AUGGCAGCUUCACGGCAGCCCCAGACGGCGGCUGCACUCUCGCCGGCGGAGAUGGAGCUCAAGCUGAUGUGGCAGGACGCCGAAGUUGAUUUUAGGCAAAUGACUAGAAGGAGCUUGAGGACGGACCAAGAAAAGAGGCUAGAGGAUGUCCUGGCCGAGCUCGAUAGGAAGUAUCGACCCCCGGAAUCCGAGGCUGGCAAAGACUCAGCCAAAACCAAGGCCAAGAUCCGUGCCACUGUCGGAAAAGUCCUCAGCUGCAUUCAGUUGUUGGGCGGCUUAGCUGCGCAAGGUGCAUCGAUUGUGUUUGGACCCGCUACCCUCUGCUUCAACGCCAUCUCGUUUCUGAUCGAUGUUCCCGGCAAGAUCGCCGAGGUUUACGAAGGUGUGGGAAGCUUGUUCGAGGAGAUUUCGCACUCACUCGUGCUCUUCAAGAUCUAUGAGAACUAUACGAAGCUUGACCCCGACUUGAGAGACGGGACGCACAAGCUGAUGAUGUCCAUCGUGAGAAUCUGUGGGCUUUCUAUCAAAAUUAUUGAGGGCGGAGUUUUGCAUCACAUCAAGAUUGGAGCCAAAAUCACUUUCCUGAACGAUGACUCGGGCGUGAAGAGCGAACUUGCCAAGUUCAAAGCUCUGAUUGAAAAGCAAAGUCGUGUGACCGAAGCCAUCACUCUUCAGCAUGUGCUGAGUAGCGAAGACAAGAUUGUCCAGGUCCUCAAUGCCCAGUAUGAGAGUGCGGAGAAACUCGCCAACCUGGAGACGAACAUGAGCAUUGUGGUGGCAGACGUGAGCGAUCGUAAGAUGCACAUGAUUCUCUCCGAGCGACUUGACGCUAUGAGCAGAAUGUUGUCGACAACAACGGCAUCGGCUCAAGAGGCUAGGAAGGCGAUGCUCACUAUGAGAGACAAUCUCCUCACCGGAAGUGCACAAUGGCUACUGGAUCAUGAAGAUUAUAAGGAAUGGAAGACUUCGGAAGCUGAGACGAUCCCAUUGCUCCUGCUUUCGGGGGAUACAAACACCGGCAAGUCUUUUCUACUAGCAGCCAUCGAAGAAGACUUCCGCAAGACUAGCACUGACGUCUCCAUCGCGUAUUACGGGUUCACGAAACGCGAAGCAAAAAGUGCAAGGGACAAGCACAAGGAGGACGUGGUGACGGCAAUGAAGUCCAUGUGCCUGCAGCUGGCUGGCCAACACAAGCAAUAUGCCACAGAAAUGGCUGGCCUCAAAGAUGAUUUCAAACCACCAGAGAUGGGCAAAGAGAAAGAGCUUUGGGAAAAGCUCUGGUGGGACAAACUGCAAUUCUCGAGAUACCCCCAGACGAGGGAGACGGCAAACUUCGUCCUGAUGUUUGAUGGCCUGGAAGACUUGUCUGACAGCAACUGUGCUAAAUUCCUUAGGAUGCUCAAAACAGUUCGAGACGAAAGCCGCUCCGCAACCAAAGCCAUCCGGCAGCAUAUUCGCGUCAUAGCGACGGCCCAACCGAAGAUAUUCAAGGAUAGUCCCAUCACUCCCAUCGAAAUUGCUGACCACAAUUUACCCGACAUCAAAAUGUACAUCGAAGACGAGCUGAGGAAGGAUGAAAUCCUUCAAGGCCAACAUGUGGAGAUGUUGGAUCUCCUCGAAGCGAUUCGAGAAACGCUUCCGGAGGUGGCCAUGGGUUCUUUUGCUGUUGUACAACAAAAACUCGAAAGAGUUCGCGAAGCCGUGGACUCUGACGCAUACCUGGAUGACGUGCAGACAAUCCUGGACGAGAACCCUGCCGACGAUUUGGGGAAGCUGGCGCGGAAGGUUAUUAAGGACUUGAACGCGACACUGAAGCCCCACGACAUUGACCAGUUGAACGAGCUCCUCCAUUGGUGUAUAUUCGGUUAUGAAUACUUCUCAGUUGACCAGUUGAGGGCCACCAUUUUCUUGAAUUCUGGGAAGGCCUCGUUGCAACCUUUUGAACGAAAGCUGAAGGAAAAGUACGCGAGAAUCCUCCAUGUCAUCGAUGGUCGAGUGGAGGUCGAUUAUGACAUCGAGGACUUGUUUCGAACCCAGGACAGCUCCGUAUCCGGGACUGUGACUGUACCGGACUCGGACAACCCUCGCAUAACGAUGACGAUAUCGAUUAACCAGGCAGAUCUACGCACCGUUCAGCAGUUUUUCUGGGAUCUCUCCGACAAAUUGAGAACUGGGAGAUUCGACUUUUCCGCCGACAAAUCGAGCCUUGACGGCAAGGGCGUCAUCCGAACCGACGAAAUCCGCGCAAGCUACUAUAUCGCCGACCAACUUUUGAAGCUUUUGAACGACGAGCCUCAUGAGAAAACCCAAUGUCUUGUCUUGUAUGCGUUAAAAUACCUGACUCACCACCUACGAAAGGUCAAAGAAUCCCUAGAUCAGGGGAAAUUAGGAUCAUCGGAACGGAGGAUCAUCGCAAAAAGACUUGUGGAUCUCCUGAGUGACGUGGAGGGAAUCGAAAAGUUCUGGGGUGCAACGAAUGUGUUAUCCUUGACUUGGAUCGAGCCUGACGAAGUGGAAACAGUUCGGGGUUUGCUUAAGGAUGAAAAAACCAUUGAUGUCCUCCAGCCGAAAGAGCGACGGUGGGUUAGAGUCCAUACCGCAGAAUCCGAGGGCAAAGCAGGGAUUUAUAAGCCUAUUUCUCUCAUGGUAGCGAGACACUGGCUGCGAGAUCGUUCUUGGAAGGUAUUUCCUGCUUAUUACUGGAUACGGAAAUAUAUCGAUUUGGCUGCCUCCAAUGGAAACUCAGAGCAGGAGCCUGAACCUCGAUCCGACGCCGACGAAAUUGUCUCUGCUGCUACCUGGGCACAGCAAGCAUUGUCCCUCAAAGAUCAAGAUCUGGACGCAUUGUGGUAUGACCGCCUCGGGGAGACUUGCUACGAAGCGGACGAGUUUCAGGUCGCAAAAGGAUUUUAUGAAAAGGCCAAAGGACUCCCCGACUGUCAGUGGACUGCAAACCAAGGCUGGGCUCUUGCGGUGUACAAAUUAAGCCAAGCUCAAGACGAUAACCAAGCCCAGAAGAAGGAGCUGAAAGAGUCCGCUUGCGACGAGAUGGAGAUAGCCCUCACCCACCUUAGGUCAACUUCAAAAAUCCCUGAUUCGGGGGAUGACAACAAGAAGGCCCUUAUCGAAGGCUUGAAGAAACAGGCCUCGUGGCAAGAGGAGCUUACUUCAAUGGAUCGCGCUUUUGCACUCUACGAAGAGGCACUCGAGGUGGAUCCUGGGGAACAUGAAAUUCGCUGCGACCUGCUCAAAGCUCUCUAUGCGAACAACAGGGAAGCAGACGCGAGGAAGAUGCUUCUUCAGAUGAUGACCCAGCGAGAAAAUCCCACUGAGCUCGACCUUUUCUCGGCCUUACUUCUGUAUCUAACCGAAAGUGAGUGGUACUCUGCAGCUAUCCAACCGAUUGAUAUUAUCCUCGCCUUGGCUCGCACAGACGAGACUCUCAACAGUCAGACAUUGGAAGCAUUGCAAACGGCCAUCCGGGACGCCAGAAAGAGCAACCUCACAGUCAGUGAAGGAAUGCUUCUGCUGUAUGAAGGUACUGUCCUUGCACGUGGUUCCACAGACGAUGCUCGUAUUCAACAGGCCAUCCGCUGUUGGGAAGACUGCCAAUCUCUCUAUCUUUCAGCUCGCUACGACCUGGUUGGUACUCAGGCUCUCGCGUCGCGCUUUCUGACGCAGCACUACUUUCAUCAAGCCGUGAAGGAGGGCAUUACGACGGAAGAACGGGAGGAGCAUGUGGGCAAACUCCUCAGACUGAAGCGCCUUUCAAACAGCUGGAUUCAUAGCUUUCGCCCUAAUUCCUUCCUUGCCUCUUACUAUGUUCGACAGAACCAGUUAGAGGAGGCACGGCAGCUAUUCAUGGAAGAUAUGGUGGCCGCGAUGGAGAUACUUUCGGAUAGCGAUCCAGAGAAUGAUUCUUAUGGGUACAGGUAUCUAGCCAACAUCCUCAUGCAUACUGGAGACGACCUCAACGCGCUCAGUGCGUGGUCUUUGCUCGGCCCAUUCGGCCUGUUCAAGGGUUCGGAAGGGGAACCCUCAAACGGCGAAGACCAGGAUGGUUCGCCAAAAGAGAACGGUGUGUCCGAGGCUAAGUAUGACGGGCUAGCAGUAAACGGGAUCCCUGAAGAGGAAGACGAACUCAAACCUUCCGCCUGUGAACAGGCUGAGCACAAGAAAAAAGCCGAGACUCGUGACGGUCCCCUAGGUUACACUUGUGACGGUCUUUGUAACCAUCUAUGGCGUUACGCAGAUAACUUCUAUACCUGCCGUUAUUGCCCGGACACGCAGUUUACGCCUGACUGCUUCGAAAAGUUGAAAGCCAAUAAGCUCGAACCAUAUAUCUGCCACCCCGAUCACAGCUGGCUUCAUGUGCCAGCGUGGAGUGACAGAGAAGCGCUCGAGAUCGGCCCAGGCAAGGUCCGAGUGCAUGGGGAGCUGCUGGACGGCGUUAGGGUGGGCGGGGAGAUUGUGGAUAUACAGCAGUGGCUUGACGAGAUUUGCGAGAUAUGGAAGGUUCCGAAGAAGGAGGACGUGCUGAUCAUAGCUGAGCCAGUUUUGACACCAAAUGGGUCGAGCAAGUGA